AUGGAUGAACGUCGUCACGGGGUCGAAUGGCCAGAACAACAAUCUCAACAUAGACAAUUGUUCGUGAAGAAGAAUAAGAGUGAUAUUAAACAAGAAAAAAGAAUGUCAAAAACUGAAAGUCGUUUCAAAUCUAAACUUGAAUCUUUAAAAAAAUUUCAACAUUCAGCAUCAACUAAUAGUGCAGUUGAAAAAGCACGAGCAUUUUUUCGCUCUUUAGAACUGAAACAUAUUGGUGGUAGUAGCAGUAGUGAUCAUUCAUCAUCAUCAUCUCGUCGACGUACUACUACUACUACUGCGACUAAUAAUAAGAAUAAUAAUAAUAAUGCUAGUUUACUUUCUUCUUCAACAUUUCCUCUGCCUUCUUCAAUUUCUUCCUCAAGUUCAUCAUCAAUUAUUGAUGAUACUCAUAAUACAAUAUCAACAACGACAACAAAUGAUUCAUCGUUUAAGUCAAAAAAUCCUGCGAAUGGUAUUGCAAAAGCAAGAAUUAUUCGAGUUAUUAAUCCAAAUUAUAUAAAUCCAAAAGAUACGAUUGUUCAUCGAAUGCUACAUAACGAACACGAUAAUCAUCAAUUUGCAUCAUCUUAUUUUUAUUCUCCACAAAUAUUACCUCAAAAAAAUAUUCAACCAUCUAAACAAUAUUAUAAUGAACGAAAUCAAAGUUAUUUAACCUCGUUUGAAAAACAUCGAGAAAUGCAAGCAAAAUACGAUUCACGUCCAUUGUCGCCUGAAUGUGCUCUAAACGCUAAUAUAAGACAUUCAAAUGAUAUUUAUCCAAAUUAUCCAUCAUUUAUUCAUUCAAAUAUAAACAAUGGAAAUAUCUUAAAUAAUCCAUUGUCAACUUCUUUAUAUAAUUAUCGACCAUUAGUUUGUCGUCAAAUGGAACCUUCAUCAUUAAUGUCAUCAUCAUUUCAUGAACAAUCUCAUAGUUUAUUUGACCCAAUAAUUCGACCGUUACCAUCAUCAGCUUCAUCAUCAUCAAUGUCAAUAUGGACUCAAAGUGUUCGUCGUCUUAAUACAGAAUAUACAUCAACAAUAAAUGCUCUUCAACAAGCUAAAGAAUCUUUAAAACAAUUUUAUCCCAAUACACCAGAUAAAAUAUCACAAUAUGCUAAUUUAGUAGCACGUGGAAUAAAUGAUCUAUCCAAUAAUGAAAUAAAACAAACAUCAGGUAUUGCUAUUUGUUUAACAGCACCUAUAUCUCAAGAUUCUUGUUUAUCAUCAUCACAAAUACGAAAAAUUUCAAUUCAACAAGAUAAAAUUUCUCCAUCAACAAUAUUCUGUAAACCUAAAUUAGUUCGACCUGUUGAGUUAGAUACAUUUAUUCCAUCAAUACCUCAAUUACCUAAAUUAGAAUCAAUUUCAAUUGUUAAUGAAAAAAAUGAAAAACCAGAUUCAAUAGCUAAUAUUAUUAAAAAAUUUAAUAAUCUCAAUAAUUCAUCAUCAAUAUUAAAAUCUUCAAUUAAUAAAGAUAAUAAUAAUGAUUUAUUAUUAUCUGAAAUUAAAAAAGAACAACAAGAAUGUUUACCAAAAAGUAUUCUUCAUGAUUUAAUUCAAUCGAAGAAAGAUCAAUCAAAUAUUUCUUCAUUAUUAUCAAAAACUAAUAUAAAUACAACUUCAUCUCCUCAUGUUCAGUUUGAACCUUCAAUAAUUACAUACGAAUUAGAUGAUAUACCUUAUCAGUCUUCACCAUCAUCAUCAGGAUCUUCAUCAUCAGUUUCACAAGAUUCAACUAGGAGUACAACAACAACAUCAUCAUCAAAUAAUGAACACAAUCCAUUGGAUAAUAAUACUCCAGAAGAAACAACAUAUACUGUUGAAACAUUUUAUAAAGCAACAGAUAAUUUAUCAUUAAAUAAUCAAGAACUUGUUGUUAUUCGAGAAAAUACAACAGAAGAGCAAUUUAAUUUAGCACAAGAAAAACAACAUCAAGAUAAAUAUAUAAAUCAUCAAAUUCCACCACAAAAUACAUUUAGAAUUAAUGAAACAAAAGUUUCACCACUAAUUACACCAUUACGUACAUAUCGUAACGUAACAAUUAAACAAACAACACCAAUGUCAUCCGUUACAGAAACACAAGACAAGAUAUAUGAAAAUUAUCAUUCAGUUAAACCAUUAUCACACAUUAUAAAUGACUUUAUCUCCGACAGUCAUCAUGAUAAAGACAAUCCAACAACGAAUGACAUCGUUACUAUCAAUCCUCAUACAUAUUCACCAUCAUCUUAUUGUUUAGUUAGUAGUUCAUCAUCAUCAUCAUCAAGUAGUACAACAUCAUCAUCAAGUAAUACAGUAUCAUCAGCUUCAACUGUUCUUCUCAGUAGUAGUAGUAAGAUUACUCCUCUUCCAGCUUCUUCAAGCGUAAUAAAAACACCUACUAGCACUAACAAUAAUCUUACAAAAGUUAAUAAUAAACCUAUUUCACAACUUCCUAAACGUACAACAACAUCAACAACAAUAACGACUCCGAACGUCUCUCGUUUAAAACCACCAUCAAAAAUUGUUCCAUCUACAAGCAAAUUAAGACCACCGUCAUCAACAAUCACAAAACCAAUAAAAUCAAUGAUUGUCAAUAGUACAUCUGCACCAACAACAACGAUCAAUACAUCAUCAAUGCGAAAAUCGACAGGAAUAACCAAUCAAUCAUCUUCGAUGGCGAAUAAUAUUGUCAAUAAAACUACUCAAGAACAGUCGUCAUCAUCAACAUUAGUUACUGGAAAAAAACAACAAUUAGUCAACGGAACUAAUAUGACUGAAUCACAAAAUUCUGCAGGUAUUUUUUUAUACUAUUCAUAUUAA